AUGAACCUAAGCUUUUUUGAUCAAUUUUCAAGCCCUUACCUCCUAGGGAUCCCACUAAUCCUCCCAUCCCUUCUUCUUCCGGCCCUCCUACUCCCCUCUCCAGGACAUCGGUGGGUCAACAACCGCCUUUCCACUGUACAACUCUGAUUUAUUCACCUAAUUACAAAACAACUAAUAACCCCUCUAAACAAAGCAGGCCACAAAUGAGCCCUUCUAUUAACAUCCCUAAUCCUCCUUCUUCUCUUCAUCAACCUGCUUGGCCUCCUUCCAUACACCUUUACUCCCACCACUCAACUAUCAAUAAACAUAGCCCUAGCCCUGCCACUAUGACUUGCCACCCUAUUAACAGGCCUACGAAAUCAACCCUCUGCUUCCCUAGGCCACCUUCUCCCAGAAGGAACACCCACACCUCUUAUCCCAGCCUUAAUCAUAAUUGAAACAACCAGCCUCCUCAUCCGACCCCUGGCCUUGGGGGUACGCCUAACAGCCAACCUUACAGCUGGACACCUACUCAUCCAAUUAAUUUCUACAGCUACAAUUACCCUCCUACCAAUAAUACCAUCAAUCUCCGCCUUAACAGCACUCAUCCUAUUUCUUCUAACCAUCUUAGAAGUAGCAGUGGCCAUAAUUCAAGCUUACGUAUUUGUCCUCCUUCUAAGUCUGUACUUACAAGAAAAUAUUUAA